AUGGCAUGCUCAGAAUUUAACCGAAUUCGUCGACAUGAGAAAGUGGAUCGCGGUAUGGUUGAUUAUGAUGAAUAUUCGUUGUUGAGUAGACAUAUUCCGUUAACAAUCGCCGAUGAUUUGGAAUAUGCCGAUAGCGGAAAUUCUAGCGAUAAAAUGAUGUAUCUAGAAGGAUCGCAUGAUAAUCUUUGCUACUGCGAUGAACGAUGUAUUACAUUUGGAGAUUGCUGCUCUGAUUAUACGUUCGUUUGUCCACCAUCGGAUUGUUUGGUAACUCAGUGGAAUGAAUGGUCCACUUGCGUUAUAAAUAAUAAAAUAGAUAAAUGCGGACACGGUGUUCGAACUCGGAUAAGACAAAUUAGACAAGAAGCGCGUUACGGAGGUGCAGAAUGUCCACCUGUCGUUGAAAAAACGCUUUGUUUCAAAGAAUGUUUCCAUGAGAAUAGUGAUACAACAACUGUCGCACUUCUAAUUGAUUAUCAAUAUAGCAAGAUUCGUGAAACUUUAUCACGUGAUAAUGUUUAUUGGGAUCUUCCUGAAGUUGCACAAAAAGUUGCUAAGCUUUCUUAUUACUGCGUUACAUAUGAAAUUGGUUGGGUUAAUCGCAACUGUGUUGAUAAAAAAAUCAUAUCGAAAUUAUAUUCAGGGAAUAUAAUUUGUGCAGAAUGCCAGCCAGAAGCUCAACUUCAUCGGAGCACAUUACGAUGCGCAUCAGAUUUAAACGAUGGUGACUAUGGUUUGUGGAAAUUGAUUGGGCCUCCAUAUUGUAAUGGCAUUUGGCGUCGAAUUUCGAGAACGGAUAAUUGUCGAUGUGACCAAAAAUUCCCAGGGAAAGAUUCUUAUCUUUUGGUCUAA